AUGACGGGCGCGGCUCCGAUUGACAUCACCUCUCGCCAGUCGACUUCGGUCUCCCCCCCAGGGCAGCAGGCGUCAAAUUUGACCUCGGCGCUGCAGAAGGCGGGUACCGGAGAGCGCACAGGGAGUAUAUCGCAUCAUGCUAGCGGCGGACUCAGUGUUUUCAAGGCGCCCCCGCCUCGGAAGGACUCGAUCGGCGCCGCCACAGCACAAUGGGGGAACGGGACCAAGCCCAUCUCCAUGUCCGGGUCUGCCCGCGACAAAGGUCGUCGGGAGUCGCUCGCAGGGAGCUUGGUGGGCGGAAUGAGUUGGGGUGGUGUAUCGGUCGGCAGUUGGAUCCGGGAUGACAUCAUCAUGACUGGUACCUCGCCAUUUACCUUUCAGUCGCCCUCUUUCCACUCCUCGUCAUAUCUGCCGAAGCUGGAAGCCAACUUUAUGCGGGACUUUUCGUGCUGCGGUGUGACGUUACCGACCCUCCAUGACCUAUUACAACACUACGAAGAAGCCCAUGCGACCAAAUCGCCCAACCAAGGCCACCGCCCGAGCCAGGGUGAGAAUCGCGCGGCCUUGGCGGCCGCCGCCAUCGCACAGCAACAGAGCCAACAGCACAACCAAGGCCGUGGCCUGCAGCCUGAUCGUACCCUGGACUUGCAGCGCAAAUUAAGCCAAAAUCCGCCUGCAUCCCAGCAUGCGGAUCUAGACACGAUCGAUGACAUGGAGUUGGACGAGCCUAUGGGAGACGGCGACGCCCCAACUUCGCAGCUGUUCUCCCCUCAGUUACGAGAGGGUGGCCAGGGCGGAUUCGGCAACUCCAACCAGGGGUCGCAAUUAAAUCUGGGCAUGCUUCCAAGCCACCAAGGCUUCAAUUCGCCCUCUCAGCCCGGUACCCCGAUCGGGUCUGCCCGUCCGCUCUCCCUUCAGAACAACCCUACCGUCUCUUCCGUGAAUACCCCGACUCUUAUGGCCAACCCUCUGCAAAACUCCCAGUUUCGACAUACACCCGAUUCAUCUGGACCCGGGACUCCAGCUGAAAUUGACGAGAGCGUCGUCGGUGGCUUUGGUGACCUCUCCAUGCAGAACAACGCGAUGAGUCAGAACCAGGGCCAGUUUUCUCGCUUCGCGGGGAACAGCGAUAUGCUCGAUCUCUGCAUUGAUGAGCCCGCCAAGCGACUGUUCAGCCCGAACGGAGGGAUGGGCUCGCCCAAUGCUCAAUUUAAACUCAGCGGAGCCCAAUAUGGACCCAAUAGCGACAUCGCGCGGCGGAUUCGUGAACAACAGCUUCUGGCGGGCGUUCCUGACACCACGUCGAUUCUUCCCAACGAGGAACCCAAGCCCUUCCGGUGCCCGGUGAUUGGCUGCGAGAAGGCAUACAAGAACCAAAACGGACUCAAAUAUCACAAAGCUCACGGCCAUAACAACCAGCAACUCCAUGACAACGCCGAUGGCACCUUUUCCAUCGUUAAUCCAGAGACCUCGGCGCCAUAUCCCGGAACGCUCGGUAUGGAGAAAGAGAAACCAUACCGAUGCGAGGUGUGCGGCAAGCGCUAUAAGAACCUGAACGGGCUCAAAUACCACAAGUCACACUCACCCCCCUGCAAUCCCGAUUUCCAGCUUGGAGGCCGCAACCUCAAUCUCGGGGGCGGUGUAAUGCAGGGUCAAAACAUCAACGUCGCUGGAGCUGGCCUCCCCGGAAUUGGCGAAGAAGGCCUUCUGUGA